UUAGCAUCUCCCCUGUCGUAGCUUUGUUUGUCUUCAAAUCUCUCUCUGACUUUUUAUUUACUAUUGUGCCCCUCCCUCUUUCUUUCUUCCCGCAUUAGAGAUCCAUAGUCUCCAAUAAGGGUUUUAAUAACACCAUUCUCUCCGGUCGUCUUCUCCGAUCCGAUUCUCUUCUUCAGCUGCCUGUCAUUGCUUUGUACUCUCUGCAGAGAAAUUGAUCGUUUCAUAGUAGUUCGUUUCCAUCGUCAAUUGCCAAUCCACUAACCACUGGCAUUUCAUUUCGUUGACUUUGAAUCUCGGCGUUCAGAGGAUUUAACCGGAGUAUAAUAAUUUAAUAUAGGAUUCAGGUGCCCCUUACUUUUUUUUUAAAUUAAUUUGGGGGAUUAGGUGGAGAAAUGUUGGGGGCUGGAUUGCAGUUUACUACGGGAGGUCGCAGGGAGGAUAGGUUUAACCACCCGGCGAAGUCUCGUAGUUUACACCAGAAUCGACAUAAUGAUCAACUGCGCAGAGCUAGGAGUGAUGUCUCUGCGAGUCAAUCGCCUUUGGUCAAGGAAAAAGUAGAUAAACAGGCGGAUAAAGAAUCCGAUAACCGGAAUGUUCUGGAGGAAUCUCCCAAGCCAGUUUCGGUGCCGGCCUUAGAACCUGUCGUUUCUCCGUUGAGUAAUUUGGAGCGGUUUUUGGAGUCUAUCACUCCAUCUGUGCCUGCUCAGUACUUAUCUAAGACCACAAUGCGGGGCUGGAGGACUUGCGAUGUGGAAUUUCAGCCAUACUUUGUACUCGGGGACUUGUGGGAGUCUUUCAAGGAAUGGAGUGCUUACGGUGCUGGAGUACCUGUACUUUUGAAUGACAGCGAUUCUGUUGUUCAGUAUUAUGUCCCAUAUCUGUCCGGUAUUCAAAUAUACGCAGAGUCAAGGAAGACGUGUUUGAAAUCGAGGAGACUGGGUGAGGACAGUGACAGUGAUUUCAGGGACUCAAGUAGUGAUGGUAGCAGUGAUUGUGAACCUGAAAGAGGACUGAAGGGCUCAAGGGAACAAUGGAAUUAUCGCCAUUUAAUUAAUGAUGUUCCUCUUAGAAUGGAUAGAAUGUCUUUGAGAGAUCAUCAUCUUCCCCUCCAAGAGGAGUUAUCUAGUGAUGAAGGAGAAUCUAUGAAUUCCCAAGGUUGCUUGCUAUUUGAGUAUCUUGAACAAGAUCUCCCUUACUGCCGGGAACCAUUAGCUGACAAGAUAUCGGACCUUGCCUUGUGUUUCCCUGAGUUGAAGAUGCUAAGGAGUUGUGAUUUGCUAUCGUCAAGCUGGAUUUCUGUGGCAUGGUAUCCAAUUUACAGGAUACCAAUGGGACCAACAUUGAAAGACCUGGAUGCGUGCUUUCUGACAUACCAUUAUCUUCAUACACCACUGGAAGGUGGACAAACUGCUCAUGCCCCGGUGGUGACAUACCCCCGUGAGAUGGAUGGCGUGCCUAACAUGUGCUUGCCUGUUUUUGGUCUUGCAUCAUACAAGUUCAAAGGAUCCUUGUGGACCCCUAAUGGGGGAUGCGAGCGCCUGUUGGCAAAUUCUCUCUUGCAGGCUGCUGACAAUUGGUUGAGAUUGCUUCAGGUCAAUCAUCCAGAUUUUGCAUUUUUCUGCCGCAGGUGAUGGAAAGAUAUGAUGGUUACAACACUCUGCCCACCACUCAACUUAAAAGCCCAAUGCUCCUGGUACAUGCUCAACUCGUGUGAGAUAAAAUCCUUUAAUUUGUGGAGAUCAAGAGGACGAUUCAGCUGCAAUAUUAUUGAUUUAUAUCCUUUAUCAUAAUUUAUUUGGAAAAAAAAAACACUCCUAAGCAGGCUUGGGAAUGGAAGGAGGAGUGGUGGUGCAAUGAGUCUCCAGAAAAAAUGAACAGAAGGAAUAGAGUUGGGGUAAGCUGCUGAAGGUUGAAAGUUACCAAUGUGAUAAAGUGGUUUGGCCUACCGUCAAGGAAAGCAAGUUGUAUCUUGCUUGUGCUUCUCAAUAUUUCUAUAUAAACCAGGCACUUUUUGUUAGUCCUGCUGAUCAGUAUGUAGCAUGUAAUAUUUCAUUUUUAAUUUCUAUAAGGUGAUUUUGAUAGGAAGAUUGUGUUGCCAAGUUUGAGCCUACCCCAGAUGUGUAAUUUAACACCAACUAUGAUAUUCAUCUGACCAAUAAUGUUUUGAAAAUUGGUUUUAGUUGACCAGUCCUUUUAGAUGAAUGGGCAGUUGCUAUUGUUUCUAA